AUGACUCAGAUGAGUGCCCAUACGGCUCUGCACUUUUAUCUUUUAAGGCCAGCUCGAAAGAAGACACAAGAAGCUGCAUGUGGAAUGGCGCCACCUCUGCCCCCAGCAGCUCUCUUGGCAGAUUACGCAUUCAGUUUCUCAAAAGGGAAAGUGCUAUACGCCGCUGUGGACAAUCACUUGCCAGACAUCUUUGCCAAACAAGGUGAACCGAUGCGUCCGGAUGAAGUUGCUCAGCUCGCGGGAACAGACCCUGACGCAACUGCACGCCUCAUUCGAGCACUGUCUGGACUCGGCGUGCUUGACGAGACUGCAGAAGGAACUUACAGCUUGUCAUCGGUUGGUCAGCUUCUGGUGUCAGACAAGGAGACAGGCGAUUUGAGCCCCUUGGCCGGUGUAAUAACCCACUGGAAUGAGCCUAACACAUCGAACACCUGGAAUGAGCUGUCGCGCACCAUUAAGGAGGGCGGCACUGGUUGGAAGAAGACUACGAUGAGCAAGACGCAUAAAAGCGUCUGGGACUACUAUCAGGCACACGCGGACACGUCUGGAAAGGCUUUUGACGCUGCAAUGCGCGGUGUGUCGUCGACUCAAGUUCCUCAGCUCUUGCAGGCUUACGACGGGUUCAAGGACUUGGACGUGUUGAUGGACGUUGGCGGAGGACACGGUGCUCUUUUGGCGGCAAUCACCGCAAAGUACCCCAACAUCAAGGGCAUCAACUUUGACCAGCCGCAUGUCAUCCAGACUGCCCGUUCAAUCCCAGGGGUGGAGCUUGUGUCUGGAGACAUGUUCAAGGCCGAGACUCUGCCCAAAGUUCCUAAUAUCAUCAUGAAGUUCAUUCUGCACGACUGGGGCGAUGCGGCGUGCAAGACAAUCUUGGCCAGCUGCCGCGGCGCCCUGCCCGCCGAAGGGAAGCUGCUGAUUAUGGACUUCGUCAUCCCUAACCCUGGCACUGCACCCCCCGAGGCCCGCCAUUUCCCGACUCUCCUCGACAUCCAGAUGAUGAUGAUGUGCCUGGGUGGUCGGGAACGCUCGGAGCAGGAGUGGAAGACUCUGCUAGAGUCCGAAGGUUUCGAGAUCAGCCGCAUCGUUCCGCUGGGUCCUGGAAGCCCGUCCGUCAUCGAGGCCGUUAAAGCGUAGGUAGCGAGUGUCCGACGUCAGUAGCGCAGAUCCUGCAUAGGUUUGAAAUAGCUUCUGCAAUCGUUAAAUGACAUAGAUAUGUAGCUCUUGAAGGGACAUACAUGAAGACAUAUAGUAGGCUUGCUCAGGGGUUAUGAAAGUACAGUCACAGACGGUCAGUCGCUAGCUGUACGUUUGCCAAGCUUUCCGAGUUGAUCUACGUGCUCCACAAGUGAGGUAAUAUUCAGUUGGAUCCUUAAUUGAGCGUCGAGCUUUCAAGCGCUUGUUAAGGCCGUCGUAUUGCCAAGGCGUUCAACCCUUUCAAAGGACUGUUCUGACGAUGCAUCAUGGCAACUUAUAAC